AAUGUCAUUUAUUUGUUAGAUCAACAUUAGAAAUGAAAAAUUAUAUUUAAAACUAAAUUAGAUAAUGAGGUGUUAGAAGAUAUUGGGUCGAUAACAUUUACAAAAAUAUAUUAAUAAUACAUUUCUGCAUGGUGUUAUAAACCCAGAGUGAAAAGUUUGGAUUAAGAUGCCCUUCCCGUGUGUUGACGGAUAUUUCUAAGAAUAUUUUCUAGGAUCUGAAUAUAAAUAGAUAAAAGUUACAGACCGAUUGUUAAAACAAGCUUUUAAGAAGAAGGUUUUAGAACGCCUAUUAAAAUGGCGGACCGUACAAAAGGGCUUUUUUUUAAACAAUUAAAGGCGAUGCUUAAACGGAAUAUAAUAUUAAAGAAAAGACAAAAACGAAAAACCAUUACUGAAAUAUUGAUGCCCAUUUUCUAUCUACUUAUUUCAUUGUAAUCAAACUAGCUUUGCCAGAUCCAAAUAUGAAGGCAAUAAAGACUCCAAAAGGAGAGGAAAAUCUAUUUAGAUUUUUUAACGGGUCCGAAACAGCUCAUAAAAUAGCGUAUGCACCAAAUAAAUCAAGUGUUGUAAAUUUUGUCCGUGAAAUUCAGGAAACUUGGAAGUCUGUUAAUUCGAAAUCCAACUUAGACUGGAUCGAGUUUAAAACAGAGAAAGAUGUCCAGACUGCUUAUAAUCGAGAUCCCAAAUUUGUACCCUUAGCAGUUAUUUUUGAUAGCGCGUCUGAUCCUAAUCAAGGACAACAAUUAAAAUACCAGAUUCGUACAAAUCCCGAUUAUGUUCUUACUCCUUCCUCUUCAGAUCAUACCUUGGGCUUGGUGAGUUGUAGAGGUGACCCAAAAGAAAAUUCAAAAUUGGAAGAUGGAAGUACUUGCAUAAGUAAUACAUACUACUUCUCUGGAUUUUUGGCUCUUCAAACUUUAAUAGAUUAUACCAAAUUACGCCUUGAGAAGGUAAAAACUAACAUACCAGACAUAGCUUUGGAAAUAUUUCCAAAAGCGGCGGAAGUAGGUAGUUGGUCAAUACUCCUUCGUAUUUUAAUUCCAUUCUAUAUGAUAAUAGCUCUUUCGCAAUUCAUUACUUAUCUUAUGAUAUUAAUAGUUGGAGAAAAGGAGAAAAAAAUAAGGGAAGGAAUGAAACUAAUGGGACUUAUGGACUCAGUGUACUGGUUAUCGUGGUUUAUCAUCUACGCAAUUUUUGUAAUAUUUAUAUCUAUAAUAUGCAUUUUACUGCUAUAUUAUUUGAAAGCAUUUACUUACUCAAACCACAUACUGAUCUUCAUCUUAAUUGUACUUUAUGGUUUUUCGCUUAUCAUGUUUGCAUUUAUGAUAACACCAUUUUUCGACAAAGCAAAGACCGCUGGAGCAGUAAGUGCUUUCAUUGUCCCAUUAUCAGGUGUAUUUUAUUAUCUUCAGAUAUUUGUCUCUAGUAAAAAUCCUCAAUAUUUAUGGGCAGUUUCUCUUAAAAGUCCGGCUGGAUUUGGUAUAGCUAUUGACAAAGUAACAAUGUUAGACAUUCAAGGAUUAGGUAUAACCUGGAGUAACUUAUGGGAUGAUUAUGGUUCGGGACUGGCUUUUGGGAUCAGUAUUAUAAUCUUAUUAGUCGAUAUAGUAUUGUAUGGGGUAUUGGCUUAUUAUUUUGACAACGUAUUUCCAAGUGAAUACGGUGUACAAAGGUCACCACUAUUCUGUUUAAUGCCAUCUUUUUGGAUAUCUAAACGUAGUCAGAUGCCUUCAGAAACUCCUUCAGAUAAUGAAGACAUAGAACCUGUACCAAGAAACAUGCAAAAUAAAGAAGCUAUCAGAAUUAUUGACUUAAGUAAACGUUUUUGGAAAUUUCGAAAACCAACUGUAGUAGCACUAAAUGGCAUAAAUUUGUCGAUAUAUGAAGGCCAAAUUACAGCAAUUUUGGGCCACAACGGAGCUGGAAAAACUACAUUGUUUAAUAUUUUGACAGGGUUGUCCUCACCAUCUAGUGGAACAGCUUUUACUUUUGGACUGGAUAUUAGGAACUCAAAAAAUAUGAAUAAAAUUAGGAAAAUGACAGGAAUUUGUCCUCAGCAUGAUAUUCUAUUUGAUAAUCUAACUACAAGAGAACAUCUAGAAUUCUUUGCUAAAAUAAAGGGAAUAUCGGAUAUAAAAGCUGCUGUUAAUAGGACGAUAAGACAAAUAGAUUUAGUUGAUAAAAUUGAUACGAAAAGCAAGUUUUUAAGUGGAGGACAAAAACGAAAACUAUCAGUUGGUAUUGCUCUAAUUGGUGACCCAAAGAUUAUAAUACUUGAUGAACCAACUUCCGGCGUCGAUCCUUAUUCAAGGAGACACUUGUGGAAUGUUUUGCAGGGACUAAGAAGCAAUAAAGUGAUAUUGCUAACUACACAUUUUAUGGACGAAGCUGAUAUAUUAGCUGAUCGAAAAGCAGUAAUCUCCAAAGGUAAAGUGAGAUGUUGUGGAAGUUCAUUAUUUUGAAAAAUAAAUUUGGUGUCGGCUAUCACUUGACUUUAGUCCUUGAAACUGUGGCCAGGGAAGAUUCUAUAACUCAGUUAGUUACGCGAUACAUCAGAACUGCAAAAAAGGACAGAAGACAUGGAAGAGAAUUAAGUUAUAUAUUGCCACAUAAUACAGUAGACAACUUUUCCUCACUAUUUACAGCCAUAGAAAAUGAGAUUAGUAGUAGGUCCAAUUUAGGUAUUGCUAGCUAUGGUGUUUCAAUGACAACUUUAGAAGAAGUUUUUCUUCGUUUACAAAAGGAAGAACAAGAAGCUGAAAAUGUGCCAGACUCAGACGGUAGGACAGAAUCUAGAAAUAUUGGUGCACAACCAGAAAUAACAAGAUCUAAGCAAUUGCAAAGUAGCUCUGAUGCACGCACUCCCGAAAAUGAAGCACUUACUGAACGUAUUAGUACAUUGGAAACAGUUCGUUGUACUCCCAGUACCAUGCAAAACAUAAAAACAUUGAUAGUCCUACGAAUAUUAAGGCUACGCCGUGAUUGGUCGAAGUUGAUUAUGGUACUCGUAGUCCCAAAUUUCAUUGCAGGCUUCGCAGUGAGCCUUAUCAGGGAUACUGAUAUACAAAAUAUAAAUAUUCCAAAAUCUGAACCGAUACAGUUAAACAUCCAUAUGUACAAUUUUCAGAAUAUUAGUGUCUAUAAUGAAGACAACUCGGAAUACUUUACUAAAUUCAAGGAUCAGUUAGAGAAAUUGGUAGUUUUAGAUACAUACAAUGGAAAGUUUAGUUCAUUGUUAGACAUUGCUCCACAUUUAGCAGCUUUUAAUUUUAAAAGUUUUAGUUCCACUUCCCAAAGUAUAGCUGUACUAUAUAAUGAUACCUAUGUACAUAACCUGCCAAUUUUGGUUAAUCUUAUAAGUAAUGCUUUUUAUAGGACGGUCACGCCAUUGGCAGAAAUUUCGGUAAGCGCACACCCUUUUGUAAAUCCUGCUGGUGCUGAUCCUCCUCUAGGUUUCGGCAAUAUGAUAUUGGGAAUGAUUUUUAUAUUUGCUCCAAUAAUACUUGCGGCUGAUAUGGUGUAUGACAGGGAAAUAAAAGCAAGAAAUCAGCUAAGAGUCAACGGACUUUCUUUUAGUGUUUAUUUUAUAAGCUUCUUCGUGGUUCAAGUCGCACUGAUGGCAAUAAUAACAGCAGUUUUAAUAAUUCUUAUUUACGUUCUCAAACCACCAUCAUUAUCGUCAGGUUCAUCAAUCAUAGUAUUAACACUGUUGGUUAUUGCUUAUUGUCCCGCCUCUGUGUUGAUUUGCACUUGCAUCAGCUACAUAUUUGAUAAGGCGGAUACUGCGAUGUCAGUUAUGCCUAACUUAGCAUUGCUUUUUGGGAUUGUACCGUAUAUUCCUGUAAUGUAUUCAGACAAAAAACUGGCAUCUAUUCUACAUUAUGUAUUUACCUGUAUUGAUAUUAUGUAUGUUCCCUUUGGCAUGCUUCAUUAUAUACAAAAGGUUACUUUAAAGUGUGAAAUUGACGAUCAUUGCGAAGAACCUUCAUUCUCCAACUUCCUGAUACCGGAAAUUAUCAUAAUAUUUAUUGCACUGCUUGUUCAAAUACCUCUUUGGUUUCUCUUUCUCCUUAUGGUCGAUGUUAGUAAAAGUGGAGGACAAGUUUUAAGCAUAUUUAGAUCAAAGAAACCUCGUACAAAUAUUGAAGAUGCUAGUGAAACAGUAGGACUACAUGAAGAUCAAGAUGUGAAGAACGAGAAACAGCGAGUCAAACAAUUAAUUAGAGAUCCACGAAGUAACCGUACGGUUGUAACAGUUGACAAUUUGCGCAAGGUUUACAAAAAAGGAGAAAAAGGUCAUAUGUUUAACAAUUCAAUAUCACCUAGAGGAAAUCUAAAUGUAGCUAUAAAGUCUUUCUCAUUGGCAAUAGAUGCUAGCGAAGUAUUCGGUCUUCUUGGACACAAUGGAGCUGGAAAAACAACAGCAAUGAAAAUAAUUACAGCCGAAGAAUCACCAACUCGUGGAAGGGUACAGAUUGCUGGAAAAAACAUUGUCUCCAGUGUUAAUGCAGUAUUCCAGUUUUUGGGCUACUGUCCACAAUAUGAUGCACAAUGGAAAGACAUAACCGUUGAAGAACAUUUGGAAUUAUAUUCUCGUAUAAGAGGUGUUCCUGAUGAUUUUAUUGAACCAACAAUUGAUUUUUAUUUAACGGGUCUACAACUAAAAGAACAUAAAGACAAGAAUGCCGAAAACUGUUCUGGAGGUACCAGGAGAAAGCUCAGUUACGCAAUGGCUAUGGUUGGUAAUCCAAAAAUAGUUCUCCUUGACGAACCUAGUACUGGAAUGGAUCCGCAAAGUAAAAGGUUUUUGUGGGAUACUAUUUUAUCUAAUUUUAGGGGUUCAAAGGGAGCCAUUCUAACUACUCACUCUAUGGAAGAAGCUGACGCUUUAUGUUCUAGAAUUGGUAUUAUGGUAAAGGGAGAGCUAAGAUGCUUGGGAUCGACACAACAUCUUAAAAAUUUGUACGGAGCAGGAUAUACUUUAGAAAUUAAAUUGACAAGUGAAGGAGCUGGUGAUACAGAAGAGAAGUUUAGAGCCCUAAAAAAUUUUGUGUUCGGUCUAUUUCCCAAUGCAGUGUUACAAGACACAUUUGGCGAUAGGCUUAUAUUCAGUAUACCACAAGAUAGCGUUCGAUCUCUUGCCAGGUGUUUUAAAAGUUUAGAAAACGCCAAGCGUUCAUUAAAUAUUGAAGAAUAUAGCUUUAGUCAAACAACAUUGGAACAAGUUUUCAUAAAAUUUGCUCAAGAAGGUGAAAUGGAAGGGGAUUAAAAAGAAACUUUUACUAUAUUCUUUAAACAGUUUUCUACAUUUAUAUCUGAACUUUUCGAUGGGCAUUUAAUUUGUGAUUUUAGUUUCAUACUAGUAUUUUUAUAUUUAUUUAAACAUGUUUUAUAACUAUUUUAUUUAUUUGUAUAUUAAAUUGUUAU